AGAAUUCAAUCUUAUCUUACUCCACUUUACUUGUUUUCUGCUUACUUAUUGCCAUAACGAAUUAUUACUUAAAGGAAUGACUGAUAAAAGUAGCAAACAUGUAAGUUUUGUGAAUGUCAUAUUCACUUCUAUCAUUGCAGAUCUAAUCAACCAAUGUCUGGAAAACACAAUUGGGAUAUGUUGGAACAAGAUACAGAUUUUUAUCAUAAGAAAUAACAAAUAAGCUUCUCCCCAUUUAUCAGAGGUUUAUAGGAAUGAGGUACUAUACAACCAAAUAUGGAUCACACUGCAUUAAAACUUCAUUAACACUAGAUUUAAGAACUAAUUUAUUUGUUAAUACAAUGCAUUGCUUUUUCAAUAAAACUUUCUAUAAAUAAAAUGCAUUCUUUCUAAUAGACAAGUUUUUCUAAACAUCCUGCAUUUUUUGCUCAUGUCAAUAGAGAGUAUAAAAGUUCAUAAUUGAACUGCAAGAAAUAGUUUUACACCAAAAGAAAAAAUAUUUUGUAUUUAAUAAAUAUUUUGUAUUUAAUAAUAAUUACUUCAAAAUUUCUACAGAGUAUUAUAGGCAGAAGAAAGGUAUUGCCAUGGGAUCGGUUAUAGGACCAAAAUUGGCUGAUAACUAUAUGAAUAAAAUAGAUGAAAGAAUUUCAAGUCUAACAGGUAUUAAAUAUUAUGCAAGAUAUGUAGAUGACAUAAUAAUAGUUUAUGAUUCUCAAAUAGUUUCAUCCAAACACAUUGAGGAAUAUGCAAAUAGAUUACAUAAAAAUUUAAAGUUUACAAGUGAAGAUGAACAACAAAAUAAAAUGAAUUUCUUAGAUGUCACCAUAAAAAGAGAAGAAACAAGUGUAUCAUUUAGUAAGUAUGAAAAACUAUGUAAUAAUGGUAAAACUAUUAACUUUAAAUCUUACUGUCCUUUAGAAAAUAAAAAGAAUGUCUUUAAUAUGGAAUUGAGAAAGAUACUAAAUCGAACAACUCAGCAAGAAAACAUAGACAUCGAAGUAAAACAAUUGUUUAAAAAAUUUCAGUUAAAUGAUUAUCCGAAGCAUAUUCUCUUUGCGAGCCAAAAGAAUAAGAUGUCAAACAUUAUCAGCAUAAUAAACAGUGAAAAUUCGCCCAGAGACCAAUUUAAAAUCGCCGGUGUCGUAUAUAGGAUGUCAUGUACAUGUGGAAGCCCAAAUUAUUACAUUGGAGAAACCGGAAGAAGAUUGGAGUUGAGAGUAAAGGAACAUGAGGCAGCCAUUAGACUGAGAAGAACGGAAUCAGCAUGGUUUUUACAUUGCAGAAAAUUUAAUUGUAAUAUAAAUAUAAAAAAUACUAAAAUUUUGUAUAGAAUAGAAAAUAACUUAGAAAGAAAAAUUGUAGAACAUUUCUGUAUCGCCGAACAUGUAAAUUUACUUAAUUUGAAUGCUGGAAUGAUUGUUGAUGCAUGCUGGGAACGGCUGUUGGGUAUAAAACGUAACCAACGAAUAACAUCCUGAUGUAUCCACUGAGGAGGCCUAGAUGGCGAAAUGCAUAUGGAUAAAAUUAAUAAAAUAAUGAUUGUUCCUUGCUACUUGUUUGUCUUGUUUUGGCUCAUAGAAUCCUCGA